AAAAAAGGCAGUUCUCUGUGAGAUGGAGCGAGUUUUGUGGUGUCCUCGGUCCUGAUUGGUCCAAAACUAUCCGAACUGGAGAUCUCCGUCCAAUCAGGAGCUGCGCGUGCUGCCCAGCGAACGCCACUUGCUCAGAACUGACUUCAAACCGCGGAGGGAGCGCGUGCGUGCGCGAGACGGAUCUCGAGGGGAUCUGAUGACUUUUCCCAGCACGCGAGUAUUUUUUUUUUUGCUACGAACCUCCGUUUCUGAACGCAUGUGUAGGUCGAGAAGGCGCUGCGCAUCAACAUGCACGGGGUUGAGCUAAUGAAGAGCAGCUUAAUCAGUGGACCUGUUUUCUAAUAACCAUAGUCAUGUUAAAAGCCUUAAAGAUGAAGCAUCUCUCAGCUCUGCUGGUUUUGUGCUUGCACCUGGUCAUAUCUGAGGCAGAGCCCAGUGUAGCACUAGGCCCACUAGGAUGGAGAGAAAACGAUAAGGAUAAAAGCAUUUCUCAGCAUGGUUCGCGCUCAGAUCUCCUCAAACCUGUGUGGCUUUUCUCACACCUGUCCUUAACCAGUGAAGCCCCCCAGCAGCUUGCAGUACAAGACCCGUGGGCCUGGCUGUUUAAUCGCACAGAAGAGAACGAACAUAGUCUGGCUAGAGCCAAGCGGCGACCCAUCGUCAAGACGGGCAAAUUCAAGAAGAUGUUCGGUUGGGGUGACUUCCAUUCCCACAUUAAGACAGUCAAGCUCAACCUACUCAUCACGGGCAAGAUUGUUGACCACGGCAAUGGCACGUUCAGCGUCUACUUCCGUCACAACUCCACAGGUCUCGGCAACGUGUCGGUGAGCCUGGUGCCGCCUUCCAAGGUUGUUGACUUUGAGAUCAGCCAACAGGAAACCCUGGACGUCCCCAAAGACACCAAGUCCUUCAACUGCAGAGUGGAGUACGAGAAGACCGACCGGAACAAGAGGACAUCCUUUUGCAACCACGACACAGGCAGGGUGUGCUUCCAGGAAAUGACGCAGAGCCACGUCUCCUGGCUCUGCUCCAAGCCCUUUAAAGUCAUCUGCAUCUACAUUGACUUCUUCAGCGCUGACUACAAACUGCUGCAGAAGGUCUGCCCGGACUACAAUUACCACAGUGACAUGCCUUAUACUUCAAUGGGGUAGAGUUCCAAGAUUGCCACGAGCUUAACACGUCUGUGGAAUUGAAUUUCUGUUAUCACAGCCCACCUUUCCUUGUUACCUUCUUGUGAUGAGUGGGCAGAAGAAAGUAAAGCAAGUUGAAGGUAAUGCUAUGAGCAAGCCUCACGGAAGGUUCGAGAUUAUUUUAACGAAAAGAAUCUUACAAAUCUGUAAAGCCUAACAAAUUUUGUCAUGAUCCACCUUUUGAUAAUGUUCCGUGUUUUGCAUGUCGUAAUAGUAUUUGUAAACUUGAUCGUCAGCAGUACUUCGGUGGAUUUACACACUUGCAAACUUCUCAUUACCUGACCUCAUGAGUGUAACAACGUUCGUUCAUUCACCUUGAACUAUGAUUCCUUACCAGAUGAUAAAGAGAACAAAUCCUCUGUUUCUGAUGUCCAUUAUGACAUCACCCCUUAAAUGUGCUCAGUGACAUCUUUAUGUCGUCCGCCAAGAAAACAAGCUAUGACGUGAUCCGUUUUAUAAUCGUAGUGAAUACCCGUCUUCUUGAUUCAUUCUGUACAAUUCGUUUUUAUCAUUAAAAAGCUGUGAUCCCCAGACACUCUAGACUAACCGCGUUCUCAUGGUUGUUAUGUGUGAUGUUUUGAACACAGGCCUGAUUAGGGAUUAUAUAGUACAAGACAAAUUGAAAAGGCAGCAGUGAAAGGAAUGCAGAAAGAAGCCAACAGCUAAAAUAUAAUAGUGUUCUGACAGGCCUGACGUUAAGCACAUGGUUUCACUAUAAUACAAUAUGAAAGGCUUUAACAGUGUGUCUCAAAUACUGCACACAUAUAGAAAGGUUUCAUAUUGAUGCUGGGAAAUCUCUUAUAUAAUAUUUCAAUUAUCACUGAUCUCACAGGAAUGCUUUUUUCUUCUUCUAUAAAACGGCUAUGUAUCCCCCCGCCGUGUCAGCAGUAACGGCGCACUUAACUGUUCUAUAGGUUAUUGUGUACAUAUAGUUCAUUCCUACACUUGCUAUAUGCCUGCAAUACCUUGGAACCACAAUAGUAUUAUAUUGCUAAUGGAAACCAAAUGUUUUUGACUGUCUACAAGGACCAAAGGGAGACAAAACUCUGCUCUUGGAGACUUAUUGUCUUGUCAAGAUUAAACCAUAAUUGAACCCAUCUGACUAAUAUGGAGUUGUUUAGUUUUUAUUUGCUAGAUCUGAUGAUCAAGGUCUAAGACUGUAAGUACGACAGGGAUCAUGAAGUCAAGAGUCUAUCCAGGAUCUUCGAUUCAAUCCUGAGCUCAGCUUACCUUCAGUACGGAGUUUUGUAUGUUCUUCCUGCGUCUAUGGGUUUUCUUUGGGUCCGCCAGUUUCCUCCCAACUCCAAAAAACAUGGUGGUAGGUGGAUUGACAAUGCCAAAUUGCCCCUAGGUGUGAAUGCAUGUGCGUGGUUGCUCUCUGAUGGACUGGCGUCCUAUUCAGGGUGUUCCCGGGACAGGCUCUGGAUCCACUGCCUACGGUUACCGAGAACAAAUAAACGCAUUCUACUAUAAACAGUGGGACUAAAGUCCAAAAAUAAGCAAAGCUACUUGUGCUUUUUGUGUUUUAAUUUCAAAGCAAUAAAUCAAAGUUCUUUUAAACCACAAUACCUUUUCCAAACACAAAGAACUCUGCCAUUUCAUAGAGAAAGCAAAGCUGCUAAUCAUAGAAAAUAAACUCCAUACAACUAAAGUCAAAAAUAAGUCUGUGUGAAAAGGGGGAGAAAAAAAAACGGUUUUGUAAACAAUAUGAUAAACAAAUCUUCAUAUUUACCCAAUAGUUAAGGAGGUGCAAAAUACCAACAUGUUCAGUUCCGCUUUCAUGUAAUACUCAAUUACAUACUCAGGAAGAAUGCAUCACAUUUCACCAAGUAUUCUAAUGCAGAAUCUCAGUUAAUACUUGUGCCCAUAUUUACUGAUGUUAAACACACUAGUAAACAUUUCUGAAAACACCACGGGCAACAUCAUUUUUAAAAAGUGUCAGAGGAAAUGAUUUCGCACUUGACGUGUGGAUCAGUUUGUGUGAGUUCACACACUAUCCUUGUUUUUUUUUCUCCUUUUGUCCUCCAAAAUGUCAAUAUCACAGGCAGGGCUUUAACAUUCUGGAUGCCAGUUAAUGUGCCCCUGUUGACAACACUUCACAGACAAGGGACCUAAACAUCACCUUAAAACUACGGUGUUACAGAAGAGUUAGUGCAAUCUGGACAGG